AUGCCAGUACCUGACACCAAAAGACGGAGCCGGAAGGUUUCCGAGCCUUUGGGCCUCCUGGGCCCUGCCGCGGUCAUCGACAAGGAUCGCCGUGUGGACCGCGGCACCGAGGGGCCCUCUGCUCGCCCAGUGCUCAUCCCAAACUCUGCCCUUGACCAGCUUGGGGCCUUCGUGACGGCCAAUACAAUAACUGGAAGUCAGGAUUAUAUUGAGAAGUAUAGAGACCCAGAACUAGAUCUUUCCCCUUCCCAAAGGUAGAAAGAAGCAUCUUCUAUUUUCACAAAUAAGAAUGUGGUAACUCUUCAAAGUGAUGAUUUUAAAAACAUGGAAAGUAAAGAAUAUCUAUCUUUGAAAGUCCCAAGCCAAUUACCUACACAAGACUGUUUGGUGAAGUUCUAUAAGAAUGAGCCACAAGAUUCUCAGGAAAGCAAAAGUCUCUUUGUAAUUGAACAAAGCACUGAGGGAAAAGUGAUAUUGGGGGCAAGUUCUUCCACAGACCGCUGUUCAGAGAACCUUCAAGUUAAACUUCAGUCGGAUAUAAUUUACCAGAAGAAUCCGUUGAAAGAAUCCUUGGAUCCCUUUGAUUAUAACCAUGAGGAUAUUUUUGGUUGUAAUUCAGAGUUUGUCAGUUAUAGUUAUCAGAAAGCUCACAUAAAUGAGAAAUCUUGUAACUGUAACGACUGUGGAAAUUUUCUUCUGUGCAGACCAAAUGUUCUUCCAUAUGAAAGAAUCCACUCAGAAGAGAAAGUGCAUAAAUGUGUUAAGUGUGGUAAGGACUUUAUACAGAGCUCAGAACUCCUGCUUCAUCAGAGAGACCACCCAGAAGAAAACCCCUAUAAAUGUGAGCAGUGUGGGCAGAGCUUCACAAGGAGUUCGAGUCUCCUCAUUCACCAAGUAGUUCACACAGAUGAGAAACCUUUUAAGUGUGACAAGUGUGGGAAGGGUUUCACCAGAAGUUCCAGUCUGCUCAUUCAUCAUGCAGUUCAUACAGGUGAGAAACCUUAUAAAUGUGAUAAAUGUGGAAAAGGCUUCAGUCAGAGCUCCAAACUGUACAUCCACCAGCGAGUCCACACUGGCGAGAAGCCCUACGCAUGUGGGGAGUGUGGUAUGAGCUUCAGCCAGCGCUCGAACCUGCACAUCCACCAGCGAGUCCACACGGGAGAGAGGCCCUACAAAUGUGGAGACUGUGGCAAGAGCUUCAGCCAGAGUUCGAAUCUUCAUAUUCAUCGGUGCAUACACACUGGAGAGAAGCCUUAUCAAUGCUGUGAGUGUGGGAAGGGCUUCAGUCAGAGUUCGGAUCUUCGCAUCCACCGCCGAGUCCACACUGGAGAGAAGCCCUAUCAUUGUGGCAAGUGUGGGAAAGCAUUUAGCCAGAGUUCCAAGCUUCUGAUUCAUCAGAGAGUCCACACUGGAGAGAAGCCCUAUGAGUGUAGCAAGUGUGGCAAGGGCUUCAGCCAAAGCUCCAACCUUAACAUCCAUCAGCGGGUUCACAGGAAAGAGUCCUGCUAG